UUUGUGUCGGAUGGAAAUACGUCGAGAGCUACGCCGGCGGACAAUUUAUUUCAAUUAUCAUGAAUAAGCUCGGUGGAGACGCUGUGUGUUAUUGUUUGCUCUAGACAAAUAUAUUAACUAUAUUAUUCGUCAAGCAAAAGGUUUAUAGCGAGUGCCGUGUAACGAAUAAUGGUUUGGGAAGAAACUAUAGUGACGUCUCGCGAUUCAGCCUUGGAUAUUAUGGUUACGAGAAAAAGUAUAUUUUGAAAAUAUACCAAGUGUUUUCUUGUAAAAAACGUCUGUGAAGUAUUCAUCGACUGUGUGGUGGUUCCGUUCGACGUUGUUGGUGUUGCAUAUCGGUGUUAUGUCGGGUGGCAGGAGUAUCGACAAGGAGCGAAAGUCUCCUCGGGAAAGCGGGGAGGAUUCGGAGGAUGAGAGCGAGAUUCUCGAGGAGAGCCCCUGCGGCCGGUGGCUGAAGCGCCGAGAGGAGGUGGAACAACGCGAUGUCCCCGGCAUCGAUUGCGCUAACCUCGCCAUGGACACGGAGGAGGGUGUCGAAGUUGUGUGGAAUGAGGUUCAGUUCUCCGAGCGCAAGAACUUCAAGGCGCAGGAGGACAAAAUACAGGCGGUGUUCGACAACCUCACCAGGCUAGAACAUCCCAAUAUCGUCAAAUUCCACCGAUACUGGACAGACACACACAACGACAAACCUAGGGUAAUAUUCAUAACGGAGUACAUGUCCUGUGGCUCCUUGAAGCAGUUCUUGAAGCGCACCAAGCGGAACGUGAAGCGACUACCGCUGCAAGCCUGGAAGAGAUGGUGCACGCAGAUACUGUCUGCACUCAGUUACCUACACGGCUGCGUGCCUCCCAUCGUGCACGGGAACCUCACGUGCGACACAAUUUUCAUCCAACACAACGGGCUGGUGAAGAUCGGCUCGGUCGCUCCCGACGCCAUCCAUCAUCACGUCAAGACCUGCCGUGAAAACAUGAGGAACAUGCACUUUAUUGCACCGGAAUACGGAUCAUCACAAAUGGUGACGCCUGCGAUGGAUAUCUACUCAUUCGGAAUGUGCGCAUUGGAGACAGCGGCACUUGAGAUUCAGGGCAAUGGCGACUCUGGCAGCCACGUCACGGAGGAACACAUCGUACGGACGGUCGAGUCCUUGGAGGAGCCGCGCCAGAAGGACUUUAUAUACAGGUGUAUAAACAAGGACCCGGCCGCGCGGCCCACGGCGCGCGAGCUGCUCUUCCAUCCGCUACUGUUCGAGGUACACUCGCUCAAGCUGUUGGCGGCGCAUACUCUGGUCAAUACUACAGCGAACAUAUCGGAGACGAUCACGGACGAGGUGGCGGGCGGCAGCAGCGGCGAGGCGCUCGCCUGGACCGUCUGCGGCGGCGCGCGCCGCGCCCUGGCCGCGCGGGACCUGCCGCCGCACGCUGAGAAACUAGAGAAGUUCGUCGAGGACGUCAAGUACGGCAUCUACCCGCUGACGGCGUACGGGCGGCGGCGCGGCGCGGGGCGCGCGGCGUCCCCGGCCGAGCGCCUGGCCGAGUCGCAGCCCGCGUCGCCCGAGCCGCGCGACCUCGAGACACGACGCGUCGUCAACAUGAUGUGCAGCCUCAAGCCGCACCCACACCCCCACCCCGACACCUCGCCCGCCGACCUGUUGAUGACGAUCCUCCUGCGCAUGGACGACAAGAUGAACCGCCAGCUGACGUGCGCCGUGUCCCGCCGCGACACCGCCGCCGCGCUCGCGCACGAACUCGUGCAGCUCGGGUUCAUACACGAGGCGGACCGCGACAAGUUGUGCCGGUUGAUGGAGGAGUCCCUGCGCGGUAGUUUCGGUCACCCGGCGCGCGCCCAGCUGGCCAGCUAGUGCAGUACUGCGCCGUACGUAUGUCCAUACUUCCGGAGCACUUAGCUUUAUCGAUAUUUAAACAAGGUUUUUAGUCAACUAGUUGCGGAACCGGACUUGAACUGAACGUCGGCGUCGCGGGACGUCAGGGCCGAGCCCGCGGCCGCAGUAGUCUUUAGAUUAGAGUUAACGCAUAUUUAUACGUAGAAAUGAUGGGUCUUAUGAGAUUUUGUAUUGCCGUAUCAUGUAUUUUUACGUAAGUAUGAUAUGGUACCGAUUGAAUGUAUUCCGCGGAAUAUUUAACGGCUCACACUUAAAGCUUGUUUAAGCGGGGAUCGUCAGUUUCGUUUUUAAUAGUUAUUAUUUUUAAUGUUUAGAUCCUAAGAUGUGCAAAUGUAACGUAAUUUCUACAGUUUUUCAAUAAAAUAGAACCAUUUUUUUAUUAUUGCUUCCUAUAAUAGGUUGAGAAUCCCCGCAUAAACAAGUGUUCAUCUUAAAUCUUCCACGUUGGUCACAAGUUUACUCAACGACAGUUCCAGAAACAAACGAAAUUGAAGCGGAGGUAUUUGAUCGUGUUAAUGUAGCGCAGUGUUACGUACAUGGCGUACUUAGUGCGGCAACCAAUUACUUGGUUGAAGCACUAGGUGGGUAAUGGAACAGUUAGGUACCUUCUACUAUUGCAUUUCACCUCCCAAAAACUAACUAGUCGAGUGUGAAUCUAAAUCCGAUCAGCCGAAUCGUUCAUUUAAAUAAAUUGAUGCGCUUUCUUAAAGGAAAUUGUAAAAAUUCUAAGUUCUCUUUAAGACAAACAUGUAUGUAAAAAUUGUAAAAUUAUUGAAGAUUCGGAACGGUUCAUAAUUUAGUUCGAACAUCGAGUAUGCUUUAGUGAUGUAGAAUUUUGUAUGAAUGUGUAUAUGUUAUAAAUGAUAUUUAAAAGAAAAAAUAUUUAAAUUAAACGUUUACUUUUAAUUAUAUGUAUAGUGAGGCUUCCUCUUAGAGCUUUAUGGAUGUGGUUAUAAAUAAUAAGUAUACGGAAAAUUGAACAUACUCACUAUGAAGAUAAGGUUGAAAUUUGUACUGUACUCGCGUCGAUUAUUAUUACUUUUUACUACCGAGAGGUGUCAUUGGACUUGGUUUGUUGACUACAGUCAAGUAAUUUGUUAAGAUUUUGUAUGAGGCGCUUGUCGUAGGAUUGUUUUGUUGAGGACGUCUGUACCCCGACACUGCACGAGCUAGUUCGGUCGUCGUUUACCAAAGUUUGGUGAUGAGUUGAUAUACUUCCCACGAGCGAGGGUUACAGGCGUCCAGGCACACAUAUUGUAUGCGUGGUUAAAGUCAAUUGUCCAAACUUGUGAUGUUUUAAUGUAAUUUAAUAAUUUCUGGGAUUUUGUAUUGAUGUUAAGGAAUCUAAAACUACCAUUAGAUUUAUACGAAAUAAAUUUGCAUAAUUAGGUACAACAUUAAAUAAAUAUUUGUAGUAUCCACAGAGUCCGAUCGAAUUACUUCUUAUACGUCAAUACAAGAGCCAUUGUUGGAAUAUAAUAUUUUGCAUUUACACACAUACAUUUUGGUUUUAUACGGUGAUGUUUCAGUUAUUAUACGUAAAGCUAUAGUGGUGCUAGUAUGUAUGUACAGCAUUGUAUAAAAUUUGCUAUAUUGUAUUGUCUCGACAAACGGAACUACACAACUUUACACGGUGUAUUUUAUUACUUUUAGUAAUUUCCGUAACUUUACGUUGUUUGGAUUUAUUGAACAUUUUUUAUUAUAUUUCAAUUUGUUUAUCGCUUCUGAUGAAUAGUAAGUUGUGUAGUUAUGUUUGUGGUAUUAUUGUGUAUAUUGUCGUACAUAGUAUCGCUGCGGCACCGGUUCCUAGUUCGUUAUGUUUCGACAGUUUGGUGCUGACACACUAUUAUUUAUUGAAACAAAAUUAAGCUUCUGUCCUUUUGAAUGCAAGUAACUUACGAAUUUUGACGGUUUUUACCUUUAACUUCUAAGAAGCUGGUGACGUGACUGGUCCUAAAAUUAUCUUAAUUCAUAAGUUACGUACAAACUAAGGGACACCUAGUUUCACGUUUGUUUGACGCUAGUGGUGCCAAAUAUAUGAGGUGCCAACGAUUCGUUUUAAUUUCAAACGACAGUUUACUAAACCUUAGUUACUAAACCUUCCAAUCCAAAACAUAAGUAUUCCACAAGUAAAUCAGCUUGCCAUUGACAAUACAACCGCCUCCAUUCUCAAUCAAAUAUAUCGGUACACUUAGCGAAGGGACUUGGUAGAUACAAAUGUUCGCGUCGGUACAGUUUCGAUCCAAUUCAAUGUCUCUCGCUUCAACAGUUCUAACUCACUUGGUGGUUUCAGUACCACCUACUACGCCCUUACCAAUUCCCUGAGAUUUACAAGUCUUUUUGUUUUCUACUAUGUUUGUGAUAUUUGCGAUAGUACGAUGCGAACAGUCCGUCGGUCCCUGUAUCGCGUCGACCGAUGUUUGGUUAAGGAACGAACCGCGAGCGUGUGUCGGAGGAAACUGUGUGUCUCAUACUUUGUGUAGACAACCGGAAGAUCAUAUUUUUGUAAUGUUUCAUCUCGUUAUAGAUCUGAGUAGGGACUAGCUCGGUGACUCGCGACACUAGCGCCGCCAGUAGUGGCCGGGAGGACGCGGGGGGCGUAGAGUAGAGUAGAGUAGUGGAACCGAAAGACUGGCUAAUGUAAAGUAGGCGGCGCGCGCGGCUCCGGACGGACUUUGUCAUUCCUCGGCACUACAUCAAGCGUAUCUCUUAUUGAUAAGAUUAUAAUUUAUAAGGGUGCGGGAAUUUUCGUAUUCGUUACCAAAAAUAUGUACGCUUACUUAAAUAUAUAUAUUAGGAAAUAUAAUUAAAUUAUAAAAUAUUAGGAAAUUAUUAAAUUGAACAACUCGGUAUGUCGGACGCCGCGCGCGAGCCAUGUUGGGAGGCAGGUAUAAUAGCUAGUAAAUGGCGUGUUCUUUGUAAAUAUUCGCUUUUAGUCUAAAACUAUACUUAUAAAUGAUUAUUGUUGUAACUGUAAUUGAUUUACGUACGAUCUACUUAUCUACCUAUACAUACAAAUGCCGCUACAUUACUGAUUUGCUUGUAUUUAUGUAUCUCGCAUUUCUAUUUUGGGUUAAUAUACCAUUCGGCUGCUUCGGUUGGACGGCUUCGUGUUCAGAGAACAAUCCUACAUUUUGUAAAAAUAUAUUCUGUAUUCAGAUGAAAUUAAUAUUGUGAAGUGAUAAUUAUGAUUUAAUACAAGUAAAUGCUUAUAAUUCCAUUUUAACAAGCAAGACGUCCUCGGCCGAGCAGCUGUACUAACAUUUACUAGAAAGCCCAUCACAACGUUACCUACUGCUUUUGCAAUAAUUAACAUAACUCCUUACAUUAUUUAUGUUCCUAUAUGUACCAUUUCACUUGGAAGGCGCUACAUCUGCAUCUCAUUACCAGCACAUUACCAGUGCAAACUUUUCAGAAUGUCUUUAUGGUGCUAUGUAGUUCCAUACUAAACUUAGGCCCCCGGAUCACUUAAACAUUUUCUCGAAGAGGCUGGAUCACCUUACUUUAGCGGUAUAAAUCUAAAGACGUAGUUGAUAAAGCCCAUUGUAACUUGUAACUAAAAGCCUAAGUUGUAACGAAAGUUAUAGAUCUUGUUGUACAAGUUGUCCUGCAUUGUGACCGAUAGAUGGCGCCCAUGAGUCGAAUGGUACCUUAUUUAAUUUAUACUUCUAUUUUAGUUUCACUCACAUUUAUUUGUUGAACGUUGUAUUUACGACAAGUGAACACAUUAUUUAGUUUGAUUAACAAUAUGUUGUUGUAUAUAAUUACCCGAUUAGUGUUCUGGUUUUUCUUUUGUUUAUCCAAAGAGAAAAAUGUGUUCAUCUAUGAAAAAUAUUUUAAUUUGCGUUUUAUGAGAUUGUAACAUAAUUAUUUAUUGGAUCCAGAAUUGCAUUUCCCACUCGAUUUUAUGUUUUCGACUACAGGUGUCAUGUCCAAGUAACCGAAGUAUGAUUUAGCUAUAGUACAUAUUAUUAUUGUAAUGAUACCUAUUAUGAUUAUGCUCAAAGUGACUUGUAAAGAAUCCAUAACUAAAUAUGAUCGAACGAUCGAGUGAUGUUUGCGUACUAUUCUACAAUAAAGAACGUCAAUAAAGUGUAUUUUAAA